AUAUUUUCCAAAGGCUUAGCUAUCUCGCCCUCAUUAUCUCCUCUUCUCCCCCUACAUUUCAUGUUUACGCGUGUGCUCACACCGCGUCCAUCCUCGAAACCGGUCUUGCGAGCAUGGAACCAAAUGGAGCACCCCAUUCUGCCACGAAAGAUCCCCGUCGCAAACCACAAGAUCCAGUCCAAUUGUUCCUUGAUUAUGCCACGGAAAUUUCAGUAUUUGGGCGAGAGAUGGGGAAACGAGAACGUUUAACACAGAAAGUCCGUCAGCAGGAGGCUAUGUUGAAUCGAGCUGCCGACCGUCAGUUCCAAUAUCCCUCGUAUCUUUCACGGGGCAAGGCAAUGCAGAAAGAGCAGAUGGACCGUCUAAACAAGAUUGACCAGCAGCUUGAUCUACACAAGAAGAAACAAGCUGAUCUUUCCGAGGUUUUUAGCCACCUCAUGGCUAGAAAUGACACUUUUCAGCAAUUAAAGCUUGACGUCAGCUCCUGUUCCAAUUCUAUCGAAUCAGCUACGCGAGGACUAAAACAAGUAGAGGACAUAAGAGAGCGGUUAAAUAAGCUCGAACAAAAGUUCCACUCCAAGGUGGAAAAAGAGCUCUCAAGUCUGAGAUUGCUCCGUUCGCACUGCCAGAGUAUAGUAGACAGAAACCGGAACAGGGAAAAGUGGAAUUUGACUAGAUGUGACCUUCUCGAGCAAAGGCUUUCCGAUAUCGAAAAUAAAUCUGCAUCAAAUACUAUACAAUCGGAGGUUCAGAGCUUGUCAAGGCGCCUUGACGAAACCGAAGAGUUAUCCGCUGCGCAACACCAGCUUCUUGAAGGCCGAGUCACUGCGAUCGAGAACCAAAAAGGGCCAAACCUCAACACGCUGAGAGCUGACAUGGAAAACUUGUUCAGCCAACUCGAGAAGCUACGAGAACUUCAGGACCAGAAAGACAAAGAAAUCGACAACGAAUUGCAAAGGCUGGAAUUGGGGCGCAGCAGCUCCAUCGAAAAACUCCAUAGUGACUAUGCUAUGGUAAAAGACCAACUCGGGGAGCACUUGAGGACGCAGGAUAUAAAUAAUGCAGCACACGAAGCAAGGAUCAUGGCCCUUGAGAAAAGGGACAAUGCUGAUGUUGCGCAAAUGCAUGAUGCACUAAAGUAUCACUCUGAGCGAUUGGCCGGCCAUAAUGUGGCAAUAACAUCACUUGAAAGCCGAUAUAACAAGCUAUCAAGUGAACCCCUUGUGCGACAGAUGGUCGCCUCCAUGCAAGAAAUGUAUCCUUAUGCAAGCACGGCCCAGAAAGAGAUCGAAGAAUUGAGAAAGGGUCUUAAUGAUCAAGCCGAGAUGUUGAAUUCUAUAUCAGCUCGAUUAGAAGCAGUACAGGCUAAUCAGGCAGGCGAGAAGACCGAAAGGCUUUCUAUGAUCAAAGAUAUGAACUCAGAACGGGCUCGGAUAAAUGACUCUAUUAAGGGCGCUAUUAAUAGAUUAGAUGAGGUGGAGAGGGUAACCGCGGAAAAGCUGGCAAAGGUCAUAUUUGAUUCUAGGGAGUUGACCAAAGUCUGUGAAAAGCCGGAGAGAGCUGCAUCCCCGAGUGUAUCGCUGGGUGCAAAUCCUCCCGAUACGAGCAGUAACAGGGAAGAAAUAUACGUCCGGACUGGACGUGCUCCUUCGCGGCCCUCUUCACAGCCGUCCUCAAGGCCAUCUUCAAAUCCCCCAUUGAAUAUCAGCACGAAUAUGCCCCACAGGCCUCCUUCGCCUCACGAAGAAGAGCUGCGCAUCCGAUCGGGUCCGAGUCCUCCUCCUUUGGCAAGCCGAGCUAGCUUUUCUCGAGAUGACUCACCUCGUGAUAGCCACAGAGAGGACUUCCGAACCGCGUCCGAUUUCAGUCCCCCCCGAGCCCCCAUGAGUAUGAGAACAACUGGUCCUCCGCCAAAUAGCGAUUUGCAUCGUCGAGUUUCAUUUCCAUCCCGUCCACCUCCAGAACCCUACCUCGAGCGCGGGGAUUCAUAUAGACCGGGGUCACUUCCAAAAAAAAGACGCAGGGGAAAUGGUUACGAUGAUUUGGAUAGCAAUUAA